AUGAAGGAGUGCUUCAAAAACAAUUGGAAAGAACACAAGAAAGUGCACAAAGUUUCCGAGAAAGAAGCUACUCAGUAUCCGCCAGAUAUCUACCCCAAUUUUGCGUAUACUGGCCCUCUGAGACCUUAUCCUCAGAGCUCGAGACGUCUUGUUCCGAUGAACAUAGCUCGACCGGAUUACGCUUUUCAUCCGAAUGUAAUCAAGAUAUUGACAGACGAGGAGAUUGAAGGUCUGAAGGUAGCAUGCAAACUGGCGAGGGAGGUGAUGGACGAAGCGGCGGCUUGCAUUGCUCCUGGUAUCAGCACGGACGAGAUCGAUCGCGUUGUUCAUGAGGCGUGCAUCGAGAGAGACUGCUAUCCGUCCCCCCUUGGCUAUUACAAAUUCCCAAAGUCAUGCUGCACGUCAGUGAAUGAAGUUAUCUGCCAUGGAAUACCUGACACUCGUCCUUUGGUCGACGGUGACAUCGUAAAUGUGGAUAUAACGGUGUUUCAUGGGGGAUUCCAUGGCGAUUUAAACGAGACAUUUUUCGUCGGUAAUGUCGAUGAGGCCGGCAAGAAGCUUGUCAGGGUAACUUACGAGUCAUUGAUGGAAGCCAUUAAAAUCGGUAGGUGUUCACAAAGAGCGUUUUUUUUGAAUAAUUGAGA